AUGUCCCAUUACAGGAUUGUGUAUGGAAAAGCAUGUCAUUUGCCUGUGGAGAUUGAACAUAGGGCGUAUUGGGCGGUUAAAGCAUGCAACCUUGAUAGUGGCACGGUUGGAGAAGAAAGAAAGUUGCAACUUCAAGAACUUGAAGAGAUUAGAUUGGAAGCCUAUGAAAACUCACGGAUUUAUAAAGAAAAGGCCAAGAAAUUUCAUGACAAACAAAUUGAGGUUAAAGAAUUCCAAAUUGGUGACAAAGAUAUGUCUAUUGGCCGGAUUUUUAAAGUUAAUGGACAAAGGCUUAAAAAGUUUCAUGAAGAGGUGAAGGGCUUGGUGGUGGAGGAAAUAGAACAUGUCGAUGCUAUCUACCCGAGUUAG